AUGGAGCUUAAACUGGAGAAUAAAAAUUUUCAGGAUAGCAAGCGGUGCCCUCGAUGCAAGAAAAACCACUUGGGGAGGAAAUGCUUGACAAGGUCGAUUCAUUGCUUUGUGUGUGUGGAAGAGGGACACAUGGGAAAAGACUGUCCCAAGAGGAAGGAAACACCUCCUAUGGGAAACCCAGGGAGGAUCAUAUGCUUCAAGUGCGAGCAACUGGGGCACAUUGCACGGGAAUGUUUGAAGAGGCUAAAAGUCGGACAGGCUGAUGGGCAAACUGAGAAGAUAGGGGAAGCUCGUUGGACCCGCCAGGGACGUGUCUUCAAUUUGAUAAAGGAAGAUGCAGGGGUAGAUCCUGCAGUCAUACAAGGUACCCUUCUUAUACUGAAAAUCCCUGUGCAUGCAUUAAUAGAUCCAGGGUCUACGCAUUCAUUUAUUUCGGAUGCAUUGGUCAGGAGUUUGGGAAUUGAGACUAAACCUUUAGGGCAUUUAAUGAUUAUCUCAACCUCCAUGGAAAAAACCAUGGAGACAUCGAAGCUAAUUGAAGAUUGCAAGUUCGGCAUGAGCGGCGAUAAAUUUCAAGCUAACCUAAUACUGCUAGAUGUGAAUGACUUUGACGUCAUCCUAUGGAUGGAUUUUCUGUCCAAAUAUGAUGCCAACAUGGAUUGCCAGAGAAAAAUGGUAACCAUAAGAAAGCCUGGGGAAGAACAUGUCAAAUUUUGGGGACAGAGUAAUCCUAAGGAAAAGAGAAUAAUUUCGGCACAUAAAGUGGCCAGACUAAUGAAUAAAGGGGCAUAUGGGUACCUAGCCAGUGCUCAACUAGUGGAAUAG